UACUGCACAUGGCUACUAUCUCAGUGAGAACGCACAAGCCUCAAACCAGUUUCAUUCUGGAGAUUUUCUGAACACAGAGGAGGAUAAAACACAGGCUAUGUGGCACCAGAACUUUGUUUCCCAUCAGGAAGAACCAGUCCAGGACAAUGGGAACCAUAUUGGCUCAGUUACUGGCUUUGAUGAAUUGAUGGAGCAACACGGACCAGAACCAGGUCAGGAGCCAGAGGAAUCAUUGGUGACCCCCUCUACUCGUUCUGUGCAGAAAUAUGAAAACAUGAGUGCUGGUCAUCAACAUCCCUUUGGUGUUUUAUUAAAGGAGCACACACCAGAGACUGUGGAGGGCAUCAGUUUCCCAACUGUCAAUGAUUUCAGACAGUUUAUAGAUACAGUGAAGAGCUCCUUCUUGACACCAGGAAGUGACAUGGGUGGAUAUUUUCAAACUGCUCGAGAAACCAUGAAAAACGAGUUUAUUUAUGGUGCUCAAAACGUUGACGGAGAGUCUUCUAUGUCUAAUUCUGUAAAAGAAGGAUCUGUCCAUGAUGACGACAGUGAAAAUGAAGUUUGGAGUGAGCCGAUGAUGGAAAAGAGUGAACCAGACGCCAACUACCAAACUGAAAGCCUCUCUCUUUUUGAUCCAGUUGACCACACACCAAGUCUGAUUUCUCACAAUGACGUCCAGGACUCUGGGCCGGGCUCUGCUCUCUACUAUAAUACAGAAGCCAGAGCAUAUGGUUUAGGUGAAUAUGGAAGUGAUGUUUCUCAGGAAAACCAUAAUCAUUUCACAAGUAUUCCUGAUGAGCAACAUGAAGAUGUUGAGUCAACAAGCUACAACUUUCCUGUACAAAAACCCGCUGGCUCUUUGUUAGGACGGAUUUAUUUAACCAGUAACCAUGUGACUUCCUCUCCUGUCAACCCUCCAGACAGUCCCUCACAAGAUCUCAGCCACUACUCAAGUAGAAAAUCCAGUAUAAAACCUCUAACCUCUGAGAAAAUAAUCCACUAUGAACUUGGUUACCAAAGAGAAGAGCCGAGCAGAGUGCCUAAUCUCCUGUAUCCACAAGAACCCCCAUCUUUGACUUCAUAUGGUAAAAGUAUAUUUGUUGAAGCGCCUAGAACUCAAUUCUACAUCCCAUCUAAUGUGUCCAAACACAGGGAAAGACCCACCCAAACCCAGUCUCCUCCGACACGUCAACCCACUGAGCCACACAGAGUGACUGUAGCUAAUCUCCUGUAUCCACAACAGCCCUGGUCUUUAAAUUCAUAUGGUAAAAGUAUAUUUGUUGAAGCGCCUAGAACUCAAUUCUACAUCCCAGUAAAUGCAUCCAAACACAGAGAAAGAUCAGUUCAGACACAUCAACCCACUGUUGGCAAGGAAUCAAAGGAUAUAAACUCCACCCCGACCAUCUUACCUACAUCUACUGGCUCAGUUUUUUCAAACUCUGACCGGUCACCUCAGAGUAGUAGUGGUCACACACGUGUUGAAACAAGUAGGUCACAUGACCCCCAGCAUCAUGUUUUUUUAAGCAGAAAGCAGCCAAUUAAAUCAUACCAGCACUUUACUGUGAAACCUCCCAGCUUUUCUCCGGACUCAGAGAGACUGGUCAGCAAUCUCAGAAACCAGAGAGUCACUGUUUCCCGUCCGUCCAUCGUCUCUGGUCAGGCAAGAGAUGAGAAAUCUGACCAGUCAGAGCAGAAUGGAGGCUCUGUCAUCCAGGACCCAAAGCAAAUGAAUGACUUAAUAUCCAUUCCCACCACUUAUGGCUCAGAUUCAACUUUGAGUGGGAUUUCAUCUUGGGUCAGUGAUGUUGAUGUAACGUCUCCAAUUAACUUUUCCCCAACCUCAGAACCAAAGAAACCAUUUUCAAUGGAAUUUGAGAAUGAGGUCAUGUCCAGGGAUGUGAACUCUAAAAGAUUUCCCAGUGGUGUCAGAAACCUUCAGGGCUUGUUUUCUUAUCUACAAACACGCGGCCCUCCGCAUUCCUUCAUGCAACCGACCAAAUUACAGAAGCUUCCAGCCAGUGUGAACAGAGAACAUGGCAACAGGGUCCAUCGCCUCUUUAAACCAAGUUUGACUUCCAAAGGGUCGGUUUCAACUCUGCCUUCUGUCUCUUGGAGGAAUGGUAGCAAUGCACAAAAGGGUCUGCCUCAAAAAUAUAUUAUCCAGUCCAGAAAUGGCUACAUAAGAGGCAAAGUGUCUUUGUCAAAGACUCGUUACACACCAUACCAGCACGCUGAGGUCAACACUGCUGAACACCGAUGGAAACCUCACCCGAGAUGAAAAAGCACAGGAGGUGAAGGACGAUAAAGAAUCAACAGUUCAGUUGAAUGAGAAAGGAAUGUUUUCCAUCUUCAAGUGGGAGAAGCAUCACAUUAUAUGUCAUAUUCCAUCUUCUCUUUUUCACAUUUUGAUUGUGUCAGAUGUGGAAAAUGUUGUCAACAGUUCAAGGCUUAACUGCAUUAACUGUCACAAAAAAUGCCAACUACAAUCAACAUCAGUGUAUGACAGGUGAAAGGUUUGAUAUUUUUGAGAAAUUGCCUGUAGUGUUGGUCCUGGAGUCUACUGGAGGAGACCCAAGUGAUAUGACAAAAUAUGAAAAACAUCAGUUUAACAUGAUAUAAUAUUGUUUAUUUCAUUGUUGCUUAUCUCUUUAGGGUAACAUUUGUUCCUGUGCAUUUCUCCACACGUAUGAACAUGGUGCUUCUGAAUAA